ACUACGGACUAGAUUAACCCUUACUACCAUGGCUCCUUCAUCAGAACAGAGUUUCAGGAAUAACCUUUCCCAAUUUCGAUGGGCAAGGGGAGAUACAGAUGAUUCACAACAGCAGUCUGCACCACUUCCGGCUUCGAACCCGUUCUCGCGUUUCUACAAUGCCGUAGCAGGCGACUACAUUCCUUUGCGCUCCGGUGAACGAUCAAACGAGGAAGAAGCUUGGUUUGCACUUUCGAGAUGGGAAAGGUUGUUAGGUUUUGGAGGUUGCUUGCUUGGAGCUGCGGUGUGCUUCUUCGUCGCAUUUCUGACACUGCCGCUCCUUGCCUUGCGUCCAGCGAAAUUUGCGUUAGCAUUCAGGUAGAAAUCUUGUAUCUUGUCUUUAAAUUCAUGCAUUGAGUGCAGUUUCAGUCUGGGCAGUUUGUUGGUUAUGUUUGGGUGAGUCAACAUCUAUGUGGUAACUUUACCAGCACCUGGUGACGCUGGCACUAUUGUGUGGUGUAGCUUUUCGGUGCUUAU